AUGCGUCUUAUUGUGCGACAGGACUAUGAGGAGGUUUCUGCUUACUCUGCUUAUUACGUAAAAGAGCGUAUAAAUCAGUUCAAGCCGACAGCAGAGAGACCAUUUGUAUUGGGAUUACCGACAGGAUCUUCGCCUAUUGGAGUGUAUCAUAAAUUAGUUGAUUUUCACAAAUCAGGUGAAUUAAGCUUUGAACACGUAGUUACAUUCAACAUGGACGAAUACGUUGGCCUGCCAAGAGAUCAUCCUCAGUCAUAUCAUACAUUCAUGUGGAAUCAUUUAUUCAAACAUGUGGAUAUAAAGCAAGAAAAUGUGCAUAUUUUGGACGGUAAUUCAGAGGAUCUAGAUAACGAAUGUUCAAAGUUUGAGGCAGACAUUGUGAAAUUGGGAGGCAUUGAGUUGUUUUUAGGCGGUAUUGGCCCCGACGGACAUAUUGCAUUCAACGAACCUGGAUCAUCAUUGACGUCAAGAACAAGAGUAAAGACGUUAGCGUAUGAGACAAUUAUUGCGAACGCUAGAUUUUUCGAUGGAGAUGUGUCCAAAGUACCCAAACUAGCGCUGACCGUGGGCGUAGCCACUGUAAUGGAUGCGAGAGAAGUAUGCGUUGUGAUUACAGGUGCUCACAAGAGUUUAGCACUAUCAAAAUGUCUAGAAGAGGGUGUAAAUCAUAUGUGGACCGUUUCGGCGAUACAAAUGCAUCCAAAAGGAUUGAUUAUUUGUGAUGAAGAUGCAACAUUGGAACUCCAUGUCAAAACUGUACGCUACUUCAAAUCCAUCGAACAUGUACACCAAUCAAUCAUUGGGCCUCAUAAUCUUGGAUUGCAAGGAAACUUAUUACGAAACAUGGUAGAUGCGAAUCAGGCAGCCAAGCGUCGAAGAAGACUGAUGCUACAGAGCUUAUUGAACGAUGAUCCAGAAGAAGAAAAAAACUCAUUUUCAUCUGAUGAAGAUGCGGUAAGAAAGCGACAAAAACAUUAA